GUCUUGAAAUGCAUAUGUCAAGGCUUAUCUGUUUCAAUGAAGGGGAUGAAGAAUUUAUGAUCUUUCGCCAUAAGAGGAUAUUGGAGUUUCUAAAUUACGACAGAAAGAGAAAGCUUUCAAAAUUUUCUAUGUGGUGUGAACUACACAGAAUUUUACCAUGUGGAUGACGCUUGCAAUGGUUUUUUGCAUAGCUUUCCUCUCCAGCAUGGAAGCUAAAGGAGAAGAAAUAGCUAUUACUGGCAAAGAAGCCGAGGAAUACGAUGAAAGACUAUCCAUAUUCAUCAAAGAAAUUUUAGAAAAUUUCCGAGAGCAGAUGCCAGAGGGUAUUAAAGAGAUUGGCAUCCCACCUGUAGAUCCAUUGGUCAUCCCCGAUGUGAAUGAAGACAUCAACGACAACAUUGCCAAGAUGGUCCUGCGCAUGCGCAAUCUCACCGUCACGGGAAUUUCCAAGUUCCACAUUGAGGAACUAAAAGCCGACUUGGAGAAAGGCUUUGCCAAUUUCAGUAUAUCCUUGCCAGAACUGACAGCCAAAGGAGAAUGUUUCAUGAAUGGGAAGAUAUUGGGCAUUUUCCCAAUCAACAGCGACGGGCCGUUUUUUAUACACGUUACAGAGGUUAACGUGAAAGGUCAUGGUGAUUUAAAUGUUACAACUGGUGGAGAGACAAGACUUCACAUGAAUGACCUGAAACUGAACCUCACUUUUGGACCUCUGAAUCUUGAGUUUAAGAGCUUGCUAGGUGGUGGAAGAUGGACUCAAGUGCUUCUUAGGUUGCUCACCGGAUUAGGUCCGAAGCUUUUCGAACAUUUUCAUAAGGAUGCCAUGAAAGAACUGAAUAAAGUGUUGUUAAAGCUGAUUAAUCAAGAAUUAGACAAAGGAACUCUUUCAGAACUCUUAGACCAGAUUCCUAUGGCUCCUCUUAAACAUGUGAAAAUAAAGUUCUUUUGAUAGAA